AAAACAUAAGAGUGGCAUAAGAGGUUACCGGUUCUCGAUUAGUGGCACAAGAGGUGAACUCUCUUGAAACGAUCGGUGCGACAACGCCGUUUCUGAUAAACCGUUUCACCGGCGACGACAAUGGCUUUGAACAAUCAACGAAGAGCACCAAGAUAUCUCGCUUUAGGUUUAGCAGAUCAACCAAUCGCAGUUCCAGAAACCGCUUACGCUGAAGCCACUGAGUACAAUCGCAAAAGCUUGGUCGGUCGAGUUCUAAGCCCUAGAAGACAAGAUCUCUACUCAGUGAUCAGUAGACUCAAUCUAAAUGGAAUAUCGACGGAUCUAAAUGUCACGGCCGCAUAAUCGGCGGAGGGAAGUUUCAAUUCGUGUUCGACGAAGAACGCGAUUUGGAAAUGGUUCUUUGGUCUGGUCCUUAUUCGUUUAACGGAUGGCUCGUUUUGUUACAGAAGUGGGAAGACGAACAAGGUCCUGAUUUCUUGAAUUCGGUUCCUAUGUGGUUGAGGAUUCGUGGAAUUCCGAUUCGGUAUCUUUGUGAAGGAACGGUUCGUGAGAUUGCUUCGUCUAUGGGGGAAAUAAUGGAGGUUGAAUUGGAUGAUGUGAAAUUUGAUUUUCGUUUUGUGCGUGUUCGUGUGAACGUUUCUGUGGAUACUCGUUUGUGUUUUAAGAAAGUGGUUAGGUUUGGUUCUGGUGAGGUUAGGAUUGUGAGUUUGAGGUAUGAGGAUAUUGCUUGGAGUAAAGUUAGUUUCAAGUUUUAUCGUAAUUGUGGUGGUUUGAAUCAUCUCGCUAGGUCUUGUUCGCGUGUUUGGGUUGAUGUUCCUGAUCCUUAUGAUCGUGCUCUUUCACCACCGCCUCUUGAUUCUAGCGUUGAUGGUUCUGGUGAGAAAAAUGGUGAAGGUGGAAGGUCUUUGGGUUUAUUGGAGCAGAUUGAUCCGGCGGAUGCUUCUGCUGAUGCGGUUCAGGGCUUGCCUGAUGGGGUUGGUGAGCAAAAAGGUCUUGAUGGCGUUGAGGAUGGUAAUGUUACGCAGGUGAAGGUUGGAACUUCGCCUGAGGGGUCGAAAAGGAAGUUUGAUGCAGGGGAUCAGGAGGAUGAUAUUGUGGAGAAGCGGCUUAAAGGAAGCGCUGAUGCGGUUCAGGACUUGCCUAAUGGGGAUGGUGAGCAGGGAGGUCUUGAUGGCGUUGAGGAAGGUAAUGUUACGCUGGUGCAAUCUGAGGGUGUGGGGGUUAACCUCAAACCACUUGAAGAAGAAUGAUCCUAUGAAAGUUAGAACUGUUAGGGCUCUGAGUCAUACACAUUUCCUGACAGUUUUGGUUAUCUGAAAGGCAAAUGGAUCGGAACAGUAUGUAUAGAAGGGUACUACCUAGGUUGGCUAUGGAUGCAAUGGAGGUUUUUCGGUUGGUUUCUAGGUUUUGUAAUAGUCUUGUUCUCAGUGGAGACGAGAUCGUAAUAUCAGAAAUGCUGAUAGCAGUUUGGUGUAUGUCGGGUAGUCGGGUUAGUGUAGAAACAGUAUGGAGUAUGGUCUGUUACUCUGGUCUUGCUGUUUAUCUAUCUCUUUAGGACUUAAGUUUCUUCUGCAAACUCUUUGCUUUGAUGUUGUGAACAAUAUUAAGUAAUGAAAGUAGUUUGUUUUGUUUCAUC